GGGCGGGCAGCCAGGGGCACUUCCGCUGGCCCAAGUGAUCUGCAUGUGGCGGCAGGGCUGCGCAGUGGAGCGGCCAGAGGGCAGGAUGACGAGUCAGACCCCUCUGCCCCAGUCCCCCCGGCCCAGGCGGCCGACGAUGUCUACUGUUGUGGAGCUGAACGUGGGGGGUGAGUUCCACACCACCACCCUGGGUACCCUGAGGAAAUUUCCGGGCUCAAAGCUGGCAGAGAUGUUCUCUAGCUUAGCCAAAGCCUCCACGGACGCGGAGGGCCGCUUCUUCAUCGACCGCCCCAGCACCUAUUUCAGACCCAUCCUGGACUACCUGCGCACUGGGCAAGUGCCCACACAGCACAUCCCUGAAGUGUACCGUGAGGCUCAGUACUACGAAAUCAAGCCUUUGGUCAAGCUGCUGGAGGACAUGCCACAGAUCUUUGGUGAGCAGGUGUCUCGGAAGCAGUUUUUGCUGCAAGUGCCAGGCUACAGCGAGAACCUGGAGCUCAUGGUGCGCCUGGCGCGUGCAGAGGCCAUAACAGCACGGAAAUCCAGCGUGCUUGUGUGCCUGGUGGAAACUGAGGAGCAGGAUGCAUAUUAUUCAGAGGUCCUGUGUUUUCUGCAGGAUAAGAAGAUGUUCAAGUCCGUUGUCAAGUUUGGGCCCUGGAAGGCGGUCCUAGACAGCAGCGACCUCAUGCACUGCCUGGAGAUGGACAUUAAGGCCCAGGGGUACAAAGUAUUCUCCAAGUUCUACCUGAUGUACCCCACCAAAAGAAACGAAUUCCAUUUUAAUAUUUAUUCGUUCACCUUCACCUGGUGGUGAUCCUCAGGAGCAGAGACUGUUGAAUUCUGGCAUGGCUUAUGAAAUUAAAAGUUGCCAUCAAAGCCAUUUUCUUUUAAUUUCACAAACAUCAGGCAAUUUCCAGGGUUGGUCUAGAGCCUUGCCACUAAAUAUUGAUCUCUCGUUGAAGGACUUUGCACUCCAUUGCAACUGACGCCACUAUAUUUGCCUAGCAACUUGCAGCUACUUCCUCUUCAAAGCGUCAUGUAUCUCCCAGACCCUUCUCUUGAAGUCCAAUAACAAAGCCAAGUAAGAAUGUUUCAACAAUGCAUUGGCAAGAGAUGUGAGAUGACAACAGGAACAUACAAGACACUGUGAAUCUAGAUGUUCUGACCUAAAGAUGUAGUCUACAUAGCCCCAGCUUGGGGUCCAAUCCAUCUAUCUCUGGCAUGUGCCUUCAUGUAGUAGGUGCUUUCCUGAUCUGCUUUGCGAGAUGCUGUGGGUGCUAAAACCUCAGAGCUGUCCUCUUCUCUAGAGUGGAGGUUUUCAAAGUGCAUCAUCAGCAUUACCUGUGAACUUGCUGGAAAUACAAAUCCUCAGGCCCCACCUCAGACCUACUGAAUCAGAAUCUCUGGGGGUUGGCACAGCAUUCUGAUUUACCAAACUCUCCAAGUGAUUUUGAUGUAUUCUAAUUUUGAGACCAUCUCUAGAAAAGAAUUGCUACCUCUUGUAUGGAGGUACAAAAGACUGACCUCUUACAUCAAGGAACUUCCUUUCCCAGAGCUCCUCAUGGAAUCAAGCUGAAGUCAGUCUUCUUCUGAGAGCACAUUCUUACUCAGUUUUUUUCCUCUGUCCUACGCUGCUUCCCUCACUCCCCUUCUCCUAAGAGCACUCCAUCAAUAAAUCACUUGCACGAGA